CUAGAAUCGCGCGACACUCAUUGAUGCAAUCGACGACCUCUUGUCACUGGGCAUGCCGCGAAUACUCGAGAUGGGACGAUUCUCAGAAGGGCGUUCGCCCACCGACAGCAUGUCAGAAACCUCCAAGCCACUCGCGCAAACGAGUUGGUGAAGCGUUGGGAACUGCGAGCAUCGUUUGCGAACGGCUCGGACACUCGGUGUUUGAAACCUGACUCAACCACGCAAAACACAGGGUUUGGUAAACUCCCACUGGUUGAAGUGCAUGUCAAGCGGCACGCCGACGACGUCAGAGCUCCAGCCAACGCUGCACGACUCGACGGGGCUACCUGCCAUGGUCGAGGGAGCUUCAGAUGCGUCAACCAGGAUGGACCUCCUCGACCCUCAAACGACAAACCACAUCGUGGUUACGUAUCCGGAUCCAAAAUUAUCCGAAGGAUUUCGAACCUGUGUCGAAGGAAGCGAGGGCCGCAGGAGAUUCUUCAAGCAUUCAUCUGCGAUGGCAUGCACAUUGCCGCUUGCAUGGCCCCUGUUGGCAUAGAUCCACGUCGAGCUUUAUGCAGCAGUAUGGCACAAAGACGAUGUAUUUGCACAACGAGUCGUGGCACGUUCGACGUGUAGAGGACGUCGACUUGGCCACCCAAAUCGCCAUCACAGCCCGCAACUGUCAUGGACGCCGAGUUGUUCUGGCUGGCUGUUGGAGAUCAGAAUGUUUCAACUCGUCGCCGCAUUUCAUUGGUCGUGUCAAUUUGACAGUCCAGACGACGGAUCGUGUGGUCCCAUCUCGUCACUGGUCCAGAUCCGUAACAUGACGCUGGCCCGCGUCGUCGUAUCUGCCGCUUCCUUCGCGCUAAUGCAUGCCGCGUGCCCGACACAGUACUCGUCGUACAAGGCCGUCGUCACGGUGUCCCAGUGCACGUCCAAGGACGUUGCGAUGUGCAUUGUGGACGGCCAGUGCAACGAAAUUCCACCCGCCGACGGAGCCACGUUUUCGUUCGACGGCCAGAACGUUCGUGUGGGCCAACCGUUCGACGGGUUGAUUGCCGAACUGCCGGCCACCGCCGUCUCGGGCGAUUUCACGUAUUCCUCCGUGGACGUUGGCGACUUGUCUCGUAACUCCCAGUUGAAAUCGCUGUAUGAAUCGCUCCUGUGGCCUGUUCGAU